AUGCCAGGCGGCCCGGUAAGUAUUGUGCAGGCAUUGUAUCACACUGUUGUGACUGGCCACGUCUAUCCACCCGUGAAGGAGUGGCUUGUCGAUAGUCUCGCUGAAAGAGGUCAUAAGCGCUGGGACAAGGCCGUUGUAGAGGGACUGAUAAAUCUCCGCCAUCUCGUCCACGAGAACAUGCUCCCCGCGCUCGAGCGUUGCUCCCUGAUUCUUAGUCGGCUACUAGGACUUGCUCGCUUCCACGAGUCCGGAGACUCCAUCGGCUUCAGCACUGCGCUGAUCUCGCGCUUGAUCGACAUAUUGUCGGCCGUGACGCUCGCGUGUCACAAGAUCCUGCUCAUAGUCAUGGAAGAGCUCGAUCUUUGGGGCGUUUUCUCAGUCUGGCUGAGGUUCAUGAUCGACCAGCUCGCGUCCUCCUCCGCAGCCGAAGAGCUCUCCGAAAAGGAGGCAACCAUGGACAAUGGGAAGGUCCUCGCAUACAUACAGAAAUAUCUGCUCAUGAGCCCGCUGAGCAUAUUCCUUGGGGAUUCGACCCAGGAGAACCGGGACAUUGCGAAGCCUCACGUAGGAGAUGGCCAGCCCUGUCUGCUCGAAAUGCUUGACACGCACAUCAAGAAGUUCGAGGCCGGACAGCAGUACAUGAAGGCACUGCCCUCGCUUGACUUCCUCCUCGACCUCUUCAACAGUCGGUCCAGUCUUGUCGCCACAGGGAUUGCAGAGGCGCUGAAGAGAAGCGUGCGCUUCGGCAAUCAGCCAAGCAAGAUCGACGUUGGUGGGUUGAAGAUCUCCGACUACGACCUCAAAAUGUGUUCUGUGAGACGGCCGGACGGGAUCGACGGCCUAACCUAUACCGCCAUCACGAUUGAGGAACGACCAGGCGACAUAUACAUUUUCCGCACGAGCAUCCAGGUCAUCAAUGGCAUCAGCGGCGCUGUUGUGAUGACCACGGGUGGCUUGUCCAUACAAGGGGGCACCAUAGUAGACUUCAAAUUCCUUGAUGACGACACUUUGCUAGUGCUAUGGUAUCCUGAAGGCAAGUCACCUUCUGUCCUCCAGGUGCCGUUAUCGGCCUCACAUAUCUCCUACUCGCCGCACACCGAAGGCUCACUUCCUCCGGCGCGUCCCGUCGCCAUGACUGAUCUAUCACCAAUGGCACUCCCAGACGAUCCGAAAUUCGCGCCGGUACGAAUGGAAGUCAAGCCAGCGGCUACCGCUAGAGGCGAUAUCCCUGUGAGGAUAUGUCUGCUCGGAAGAGAUAAAACUACCUACAAAGUCUUCACCCUGCCCGAACACAACGUCUCGAAGUAG